UUGGCGGGCCGCAUAGUCAACCGACGGAAUAUCGGUUUCGUUUGUUGCUACUAAUUCUGUCAACGACAUUUUUAAUUUCACUAGUGCACAUCAAACAUCUCUCGUUCUCGUUCUUUCUCAAUCCCAGUCGUCCGUCCGUUCGCACUCCAUCUGGUUGUUAAAUUGAGAGAGGCAGCCGAUACGGACACCGACACAAUCAAAGGUCGCAGUCGUUAAAUCGCGGUCAGGUGCUUUCUCGGGCUGAAGUUGGUAGUAUGUGGUGACACCAGGGAACCUCAGGAGGUCAGGCGAGCUGCGCAAGUUGCGCUAUGGGUAAUAAAUUAAGCUGUUCAUGUGCGCCACUUAUGCGUAAAGGUUAUCGAUAUGAAGACUCGCCAUGGCAAUCAACUAGACGUCGUGACGGCCAUCUCCUGAGUGUAUUCAGGUUGUGGGCGGAGGUGUUCCAUGUAUCGGCCAGCGGCGCUGGAACGGUCAAAUGGCAGCAAGUAUCUGAAGAUUUGGUUCCUGUUAAUAUCACAUGUAUACAAGAUACACCCGAAUGUGUUUUCCACAUAACCGCUUACAAUAGCCAAGUUGACAAAAUCUUGGACGUUCGACUCGUGCAACCAGUCGCCUUCUUUCAAAUUUUCACGAAAGGCCUCAUCAAGCUACUCUCUCAAGUUGGAACCGGUCGGUAAAGGUAAAAUCAAAGCGAAACGGAAACCAUUGAGCACACCGGCGAGUCCAUCACGAGCACGCGAGCCACAGUGUACGUGCAUGACACCCGAACAAUAUGCACGAAUACGUUCACAAGAUCCACGCUAUCGAGGCUCAUCAACACUUCCACGAGCCACAACCAGAGGCACCGAAACCGAUGGUAUGCGCGGCGAUAAGGUCACAGCGGCUACAUCAAGCACCUCAUUAUACGAUAACGUUUCAGCUGGAAAUCAAACUAAUCAAAUUAAUGCACAAGAUUUAUCACGUCAAACCAAAUCCCAAGAAACUAGCACAAUGACCACAACCAAUAGCGGAACAACACCAUUGGUCGGCAGUGGACAAAAUCAUGUUGGAUCACAAAUAAGCCAAGACGAUGCACCGGUACAUCAUAGUAAAAUGGAAGAAACAUCUAAAUCGGAGGGCACACAGGCUGGUGGCACAUUACAGCACGGCACGAAAACCUCAACCGGCACCGGAACCCGAACGAAAGACUACAACGAUGAAAUGGCUCACGAAUUGCACCAUAAUAUUUUGAAUAACAAUACACGCCGUAAGACAAAGAGCACCGAAGACAUGAAUGUCGAUCCAACCACACUGAAGCGAAUGCUUAAGCCAAUGACGAGCGCCGAGAGCCCAGUUACAUCACCUGAAAUGGGCCGACGACGUUAUAAUUACUACAAUGCAAACAUAAUAAAUGCACCACCUCCACCGCCGCCACACUUACACCCACACGCCAUUCACGCCGCGCACAUUCUCAAUAAUAAUGCAAUGUCACGAGGCUCAAAUCAAUCUGCACUCUGCAACAAAAGGUUCUCAAAUUCACGAUCAUCGCACGAAAUCGGCAGAAGCAGUAGCAGUUUUUCGGCGCAACAACAGCGUGGCCUAUACUUGGAAUUGGAACGAGAACGAGGCUGUUUAGAAGGAUCGCCACCAUCUGAUAAUGUUAUGUUCGACAAUCAGUGCUAUGCAACAACACCUAGCUCAAGUAAUGGAAAUUCAGAUCAAGAUCAGCCAUACGGUCAACGUCAGGGCAGCAAUCGUCAUCAACAUCAUCAUCAGAAUCAGCCAAAUGUAACGCCAACACCCGGCUCACCAACAUCACGUCUAUUGCUGGAAUACGAAAUGCACUUGAGAAAUACAUUGGCCAAAGGAAUGGAUGCCGAGUCCUAUAGUUUGCACACGUUUGAAGCGUUAUUAUCACAAAGUAUGGAAAAUUUAGAAUUCGCUGAAAGUUUAUCUGGAUCAACGCAACGAAGCCCUUAUCCAAUAAGGAGGCGGUCGUCGUCAGCAGCGGCAAAGUCGUCGACUCUGCCAUUGCCACAUCAGCGACCAGCCGUUGUGAAUCGCGAGCAACGAGAUCGUGAACGAGACGGUUAUUACAGUGAUCGCAACGAAUUGAUCCGGGAACGGGAAAGAGAACGCGACCGUGGCUACUUGAGCGAUCAUAAUUCAAGCUUUUCGACAUCACGGUGUGCAUCGUGUAUUGGUGAAUCAGCACGAGCCCAAUGGUUCAGACACUCAGACGGUUGGCGAUCGGGUAGCUCGACAUUUGGAUCCGGUUCUGGCCAAGGUCUGGUCACAUCACAAAGCAGCGGCCACAAACGGUCACCAUGGGAUUCGUUGCCGUCUUUACGACAAGACAGCAGCUUAAAUGAUUCCGGAUACAAGAGUGCUCGUGCCGAUUCGCUUGAACAGAGGGGUGUUUUCGAUCGGCAAGAUAGCUUACGAUCCGAUUAUUUGAGCGAUCGAGAAACGAGAUAUGGAAUUGUGCAACAAGCAUCAAUCGACAGCACCGAUUCACGACUCUGCUACUUGACAUCGUCAGAGAUUUCUGAUGAUGAUCGUAUGAGCUUAACAACUGCUGUAUCCGAUGAAGAUGACGGCGAAAGUGUCAUGGCAUCACCAUACAAGGCAAAAGCAACAGGAACGGCAGCCGCUUCAUUUAAUUGUACCGGUGCUGUUCGAAAGGCUGGAUUUUUAUCUGUGAAAAAGUGGCUGUUACGUAAAAAGCAUCAAAUCGAAUUGGCACGCAAGCGAGGAUGGAAGGGCUAUUGGGUUUGUUUGAAAGGAACAACUUUAUUGUUUUAUCCAUGCGAUUCGCGAGAGGGUCGCACCGUCGAUUCAGCACCAAAGCAUUUGAUUAUCGUCGAUGGCGCCAUUAUGCAGCCAAUACCCGAGCAUCCAAAGCGCGACUACAUAUUCUGUUUGAGCACUGCAUUCGGCGAUGCGUACCUGUUUCAGGCUCCGUGCCAGGUGGAAUUGGAGAAUUGGGUGAAUAGCAUUCAUAAUGCUUGUGCAGCUGCAUUCGCACGUCAUCGUGGCAAAACCGGAACACUCCAUUUGUUACAAGAGGAGAUCUAUCGUUUGGAAAGGGCCAUUGAAUCGGAUCACAAACUGAAGAAUAUGGCUGAAUUGCAACAGAGUGUCGUUACCGACCAGGAUACGCGGCAUCAAAUACAAACGCAAAUUCUUACGUGGGAAGAGAACUUGGAGCGUCUGCAUUGUGAGCAAUUCCGCUUACGUUGCUACAUGGCAUCGUUACAAGGUGGCGAACUGCCAAACCCCAAGUCUUUGCUUACUCAUGUGUCUAGACCAACCAAAAAUACAUUAAAUAAAUUAGGCGUAUUUACCGUGUCAUCGUUCCAUGCAUUCAUUUGUGCACGUUCGCCAUCGCUAUUGAACAACUUACUCGCCGGACGUGGAGCAACAAAACGACGACCACCGCUACUAUCACGAUCGAAUAGUGGAUCCAGCCGACGUUCCAUGCAGAUGAACUCCCGCGAUGAUCCGGAUAAAACCUACAAAGUCGCCCUACCCGACAACAACUAUGCGACGGUCUACUUACGCGACGCAAUGUCCGUCGAAGAAUUCCUAGCGAACGCGUGUGCUCGCAAGAAUCUCAAUCCGAUGGAGCAUUUUGUGCGAGUGAAGAAACGACGUGAUAUGGAAGAUCACAACUACUUUGUGCCACAUCGAAACGAUUUAAUUGAAACCUAUUUGCAUACACAUGAAAUGGUGGAAGUUUGUGCCAAAAUUCUCUACCAAGUUGAAUUACAACGAGGAAAAACCGAGCACAUGUGGGGCUUUUCGGUGGAAGCGGAACUCAUUGAAAAUGCUGAUCGUCAAGACGAAUUAUGCUGCUAUGUGAGCCGUGUUGAGGACAAAAGUGUUGCCAUGCAAAACGGCUGCUCUGAGGUUAUGAAUAGCUCAGGGAUUUUUAAUACCGAUUCUCAAGGCAUUAUCAAGGGUGACGAAAUUAUGGUAAUCAAUGGUGCGAUUGUAUCUGACUUGGAUAUGAUGUACAUCGAAAGUGUUUUACAAGAGGAAUUCGCUCUAUGCAUGAUGAUGAGAUCAUCGCGUACUGAGCCGCCAGACCUUGUUGGUAUAAUGCGUGUGACUGAUGAUAUGAUUGAUUCACUUGUGUGCCCACCGCCACCGAGUGAACCACCCGCUAUGAGUGACGAGAUGAUAAAUGAACUGAUCGUCCCGGCGCCCGGAUGGAGUAAAGAUGUAUUUUCACCUGAAGUUGAAAGCUCACCAGCACCAUCGUCGACCGAACCACAGAACAUUCCAACUGGUGUUAAGCAAACCAGUCGCACCAGCAGCUUUGAAAUUGAGAAUUUACUGAAAACAGCCGAACAGGUCACCGGCUUCUGUCGAUCACCACAAGAAACCAGGAAAUCAAGUCCAACAGGUUCAAUAACAUCAUCCGUAUCGAAUGUUAUGCUAACACCAUCACGACAACUGACCGAUGCCGAAAAGUUACGCAAAGUCAUUCUGGAAUUAGUUGAUACGGAACGAGCUUACGUGAAGCAUUUGAACAACUUGCUCGAACACUAUUUGGAGCCAUUGAAGCGCGAAACAUUCCUAUCGAAUGCCGAAAUAGCAGCACUCUUUGGUAAUAUACAGGAAAUAUUCACAUUUCAACGUCAAUUCUUGCAAAAUCUGGAGGAAGCACUUGAUUUAGAGCCAGACUUCCAUAAAUUUGACCAUUCAAGCCAAUUCAAGAAUGUUCUCUUCUCCAUUGGAUCUGCAUUUUUGUACUAUGUCAACCACUUCAAAUUGUAUUCAUCGUUCUGUGCGAGCCAUAGCAAAGCACAGAAAGUUCUGCAUCCAAAUGAAGGCAAUCAAGCGCUUCAAGAGUUCCUAAUUGCGCGCAAUCCCAAACAACAACAUAGCAGCACACUAGAAUCGUAUUUAAUUAAGCCAAUUCAAAGAAUCUUGAAAUAUCCAUUGUUGUUGCAACAGUUGAGAAACCUAACGGAUCCGCGUUGUGAAGAACAUAUACAUUUAGUUGAGGCGUUGAAGGGAAUGGAAAAAGUAGCGGAACAUAUUAACGAAAUGCAACGAAUCCACGAGGAAUAUGGCGCGAUUUUCGAUCACUUAUUCCGACAGCAUCAAAAAUCGUGCAAACAACCAAUUGACUUGAGUCCAGGUGAUCUUCUGUACUACGGUGGUGUUGAAUGGUUGAAUAUAUCAGAUUUCUUAGGUAAAAUCAAGAAAGGCUUAGAGCUGCAUGCAAUGUGCUUCGUAUUCAAAUCGGCUGUUGUAUUUUUGUGCAAGGAACGAUUGAGACAAAAGAAAAAACUAAUGGGUGUUUCCAAUAAGAAUUCAACGAACGAAGUGGAAAUCAUCAGAUAUCAAGUGCUCAUACCCGUUACUGAAGUCCAAGUGCGUGCGUCAUCGGCAAAAGAUAUGGAUUCACAUUUCUUGUGGGAAUUAAUUCAUUUGCGUUCGCAACUCCAACGACGUUCCGAAAAAGUUUACGUACUAUCGAAUAGUACGGCCGAUUUUCGUAAUGCAUUCCUCAAGACGAUACGUCAAAUUAUUCGUGAAAGCGUUCGAAAUAUGUCAAUACCAAUGAAAGGAAUGGGUAGCAAUAGUUCAUUGGCCGAUUUGCCACCGGUUCAUCGUGGCUCGACGGGCAACUCACAAACUCUAGAAAGACCUAAGCAACAAAUUCCAAUAAUGCAGGGCUCUCAGACUUUAGGCAAAACAAAGAAAUCCAAAAAUUCGCAACGACAUUCAGCUGGUAAUAUAGACUAUGACAAUAUACACGGAAGUCAAGAAGGUGAAGAUGUGCCAAUUCAAGUGCAUACGGGCUUUAGAGUGCGUAGUAAAACUGUUGGAGAUUCAGCUGAUCCGACAAUCCGAAAGUAUGGCGAACAAGAAAAGGAUCCGGGCACAAAAUCAGAAGGCGAAGAAGACUCCCAGCAAGGAACGAUCAAGAAAAUACUCGGCCGAACUCCAAAUCAUUUAACAUUGAGCACCACAUCGACUUUGUCUGUAGGAAGUACCGGUAGCCAAGCACGUUUAAUUCAAUCGUCACAUGCUCCAGCCACGUAUCAGCCGGUUUUAAUGAAAGAUUUAGGCAGUCCCAUAUGGAAAAUGCGGGGUGAUAUUGGAGAUGCGGCACGAAAAGACGAAUCAAAGUAAAUGAAGAGAACGAAGAGAGAGGAUGAAGGGGAAUAAAACUGAACAGAAAAAAAGAGAGAGAAUUUUCUUUCGAACGAAAAAAUUAAAUUGAAUAAAGAGGCGGAGAGGCUCGAAAAUGUUUUUUUUUCAUUCACCGAUUUAAUGAAAAUUCUUUCCUAACUUGAACUCAAAAAUAAAAACACAUACACACACAAAACGAUGAAACGAUUUAAAGGUUGAAAUUCGUAUUUCGCAAGCCGUGAAUUAUGUUACGAGUAAAAAUAAACAUUUAAACAACAACCACAAGAAGAAGAGAAGGAGGAAGAUGAUAGAAGAGCAUCAAAUACAGACACAAAAGUAAAACAAAUGAUUAAUGGAAAUAGAGUCAGGCGAUGGUAAUCAAAAGAAGCACAAAAGAGGAAAAUAGCUAUGGAAAAGAAGGAAAAUAAGAAAUACAAACAGAAAAACAAACACAAACUACUCGUUAAAAUUUAGUAUUUAAUAGAUUUUUAAAUGGGGAUGGAUAAAUAAGAGAAGAAGAAAAUGAAAUAUCGAUUUAAAUAUUAAAAUUUACCUAGUUAUAAAUAGUAAGAAAGGAUAAAAAGAAAAGUGGAAAUUUUCAAAAUGAAAUAAAAUGGUAUUCAUAACUCGUAUCGUAUAUGCAGUGAUCCAACGACGAGAAAACCACCGCUAGAAACGAGAUGAUGAAAAGUUGCAGUGUUGUUCACAUUAGGUUGUGGAUAUACGCUGCACUAUGUGAAUAUUAUCAUCGUUCGGUGAUGCGUUUCGGCGGUUUUUCGUUUUGGCAAACAUAUAUGCGCACACUGUGGUUUCCUCAUUGAUGGAUCCCAUGUAUCAUGAACGGAAUUUCAAUGCAUUUAGCUAAAAUGAAAACGGAUUAAGUGGAGUUAGAAAAAAAAACAAAUACAUACACACAAAAAAAAACGCUCACAUUCAGUGACAAACACGAUUUAAAAACAGAACAAAAAAAUGAAGAAGAAAAAACCAACAACUAAAUAUAUGUAUAACAAAUUAGCGAAUACACACACCCAUUACACACGAAGAGAGGCACACUCGAUGUUUAAUUAAAAUUGAUUUAAAAAAAAGAAAUGGAUGCAUUACACACACACUCUCUUCGUUUGAAAAAUGAACAGAGGAAAAAAAAGUCAAAUAAAAAAAAUGAAUAAAAUAAAGGAAAACAAUUUACCGAUCACAAAAAAAUGUUAAAUUUUUACCCCUUGGGAGAGUGUUAAUCGAUUUAUUGUUGAUAAAUAUUAAUAAUUAUAUCUGAUUGAAUUCACAAUUUUUUUUUUGUUUUUUCACUUUUCGUCGAAUCAAAUGAUGAACGAUCGAAGAUUGUAUUUUAAAUAAAAAGAAAAAAAAACAAACAAAUAUAUAUGAAGAUAUUGAAUUAAUUUUAUAAAAAUAGAUCUUCCAAAGCUAGUAAUUAAAAUUGGAGAAGAAACACACAGACAACCACAACAACAGAAUGAGAAAAGAAAAUGUAGCAGUAACUACACUUGAAAUCGUUUCUUAUUUUUUGUUCGAAUUAGUUUGCGUUUGGGUUUCCUUUGGCGGCCACACGCGUCUAAUACAACACACAUUCACACGCGCACGUUGGGCAUAUUUAGCAAGAUAAAAGAAAAAAUCUUUUAAUUCUAUUUACAAUUCAUAUUCACACACCAACACAAAGCAUACGAACUACGUAUUUAAAAAAAAACAACAACAACAACAAAAACAAAUGUAAAACUUUUAUAUUUUGCUCACUUUUUUUAUCAAAUAAAUGAAGAAAACAAAAUAAUAAUUAAUAAAAAAAAAAUGAUACCAAAUAAAAAUAAAACUAUAAAACUGGUAAAUCAAAAUGAAUUAAUAUAAUUGUACACUGGCAUCUGGCGAUUGAUACGUCGGCAUUGGCACAUUCAACCGUUGCUAAGAAUGCGAAACGAUUCGAGGCGCUAAUUGAAUAAUUUCGAAAUAUCAUCGAUAUUUGCAUAAAAUGCAGGACAAAACCGUAAAUAAUAAAUUCGAAUAGUUAAUGAUUUUAGUCAGCAUAUCGAAAUCAAUUGCCAUUGAAAUGCCAAUGCCGGCGUGGAUCGUCGAUAUUUACGCAAAUAAUAGAAUAAUUUAAAUAACAAUGAGACAACAACAAUGAUGAUGAUGAAAAAAAAAAGAUGCAAAGAGAAAGAUUAUCCAUUAAUUAUUCAAUAAUUAUUUAUUGUAGUAAACAUACGACGAGUCUCAUAAACAAGCAAAAUAAAAAACCUACUAGAAAUAUGAAGCGAAAAUGCAUUAAAAAAUCAUGAUAGAUAUUCUUUUCACAUUCAUUCACACAAGUUCACACAAACACGUUAAAUUAAUUGUUAAAGGAUCUAGUUAAACGAAAGAAGAACAAAGAACAGAAGAGAAAGAAAGAGAGCAAUAAAUGGAAUAUGAAGAAAUGCCCACAAUCAUUCAUUGACCAAAAAGAAUGGAUCGAUUGUGAGCCAAUUAGCGUGCGCAUGGAUCGAUAAAAAGAGAACGAAAAAAUAUAUUUCAAGGAUCAUAAUUUAGUUGACAGUAUAUAUUUAUAUCACAUUGUGCACUCACUCACUCAGCAAAACGCAACGACCGUUGAAGAUUUAAAAACAAAAACUGGCAAAUAAAUUAAGUGAACAAUUAUUUUCUCUAUCCGCACAAUUAGCAAAUCGAUUUCGUGUUCUGUCAUUCUCAUUAAUUUGAUUUUUUGGGAAAUUAUUGAAAACAAUACACACACACAGAGAGAGAGAUCAUUAAAUCAAUGAGAAUGGUAUUGAAAAUGGCCGAACAGAAACCGAAGCAGUUUUAAAUGUAGUUAUGGUUUUGAUGUCUUUUUUUUUCUUUUCUCGUGAAAAUGGAGUUGACGCAUACAACAUUCUUUAAUUCGAUUAUUUUUUCCAUUCAAAAUGCAUAUUGGAUUUGUUAUUUUUUCAUUCGUUCGCGCCGAUUAUUUUUCGUUUAGUACACAAAAAUAUUUCAAAGCGGCAAUUUCGAACCAGAAUCAGUUUCUGGUUAUACAAAUGACCAUCACUUCAAGUGAUUCACUUGGCGCACAUAGACUUAUCGGUGCCAAAAGAAUUAAAUAUCUUUAAAUUGCCUGUACAAUGUACAUCAAUCAAUCAAUCAAUUCCAUUUUCUUCGACGACAACAACAACAAAACACUACAUUUAAUUUAAACGAACCAUUUUAAUUACUAAACUAGCAAGGGAAAAAAACUAACUAAAUAAAUGCAAAGUACCAGUUUUUAUCUUAACACAAACCAAAAAAAAAUUGUACACUGCACACGUUCUUCCUAAUUUUUCCAUGCAAGUGGAAAAUACAGAGUUAAUCGUUUCGUUUGCGAAUAGUAAAACAAAUGGAAAACAAAUGGACGAACCCAAAAAAAAACUAUGAAGAAAAUUAAAGUGAGAAAAAAAAAUGUUUCCGAAUGUGAGUGCGCGUGACGAAAAUGAUUCGAAUGAUAUAAAAAAAAAAUGUGAGACACAGACCGGUAGCAAUACCAAUAUUACAUUUAUAAAUGUUGUAUUUUAGUCAUUUGUUUUAAUUUUUCCUCGUGUGUAUUUCAAAUUAAACAGACAAAACCAAAUAAAUAAGAAAAAAAAACAUACAAACAAAUCGAUCGUAUGAAUGAAUGAAAAAAAAACCAAAGAAAAUUUCAUUUAAUUCAAGAACAAAGAAGUAAAUAAUAAAUGAUAAUAAAUAUAUUCGAGUGCUAGACUUAUUGCAAUUCACAUAUGAACUUGAUAAUAAAAAUGAAUGUGAAUGAUGCGUACGAUUUCCUUAAGUGAUUUACACACACAAACAAACACACGCAAUCUCCGGAGUCCGAGAGGCAAGUGAAAAUGUCGGAAAUUUGGUUUGAUGAUUUGCUCGAUAGGAAGUUUCUAUUAGAAACAAAGAAGAUGAUGAUGAUGAUGAAGAAGAAUAAAAUGAAAUGGAUGGAAACAAAAGUCAUUCGUGAGACUUUCGUUUUUCUCUCCCCCAUGCAGGCAUUUUAAUAUAUCGUAACACGUAUUCGUAAAUCUCAACUGAAAGAGCAAUCGAAUUUAAGGUCCACAACAGCAACCCCAAAACAAAAACAUCGUAUAUUCUCUGGACCGAUGCAUAAUCGAAUUCAUUCUUCAUUUUCCGUUCGAAUAGAAAAGGAUCAUUUCGUUGUUUGCUAUACAUUCCUAAUUGACACCAUUUAAUAUUGUCGACCAUUCACAUUUGUUUUGAGUUACAUUUGCGUCGGUUUCACGCAAAAAUACCUCGCUCCGAUCGACAGCGAGACAGUUUCAAUUCAGGAUCCACACCCAAAAGUCGGUCCCGAAAUGUUUAGACGAUACAGAAAAAAUAGUGGAAAUUCAACCAUUUCAAUGCACUACAACAAAACCUUCACAGCAAUUACAGAGAUUUAUCAAAAAAUUCUGAAACAAACAACUGGUACGGCCAACUCAGUAUACAACAACCGCCGUGACAUUUAUAUACACAUAAAAAUAUUCAUGUUUGCACCAUCACGAUGGAUAGAGAAUCAAAAUAGCCAUUCCUAUUGCUACUACACAGAACACAAGAAAUUAUGACAUCCACAUAAAAAUGUCUAGUUAAAAACUGAAUGGAUGACAUUCCAUUUUUUGAGCUCAAAAAAUACACAUCCAGUUUCUUUUUUUGCGUGUAGUACAAGCGUUUAGCAAGAGAUAUGCUUGCAAUUAUGACGGAAUUAAUCUAUUGCAGUGGAACGAAACAUGUCAUUUUCAUAUGACAAACUUUCACUGACCUAAUGCUACUGUAGCUGCUAUUGCUGGCCAAAGAUAUACACUCGAUAAAACAAACGAAACCAAAAGGAUUAUGAGAUGAAUCAAGCGAACAUGAAAAUUGGCCACAGCAUAUUCAUAAUGAUUUAUUUACAAACAGAUGAACACAUUAAUUUCAUGUGUAGAUUUUUUCACAGGGAAAAUAAACCGAAAAAACCCUUUUCUACACUUAAACCUUUAGAGCAUCGAACUGAUCAUUUUUUAAAAAAAUAAAACACAUCCGAGGUUACCAAAUCAAACAAAGCAAAGCAAACAGAUAUUAUAUGAAUUUUGAAUCGGUGCACCGUGAAUGCGUUGCCAAAAUAUGCCGACUCAACCGUAUUUGACUUCAAGUGCCAAACUAAACGAUAAAAACAACAACACAAAUAAAAUAUUUUCAAUCUUAGCACAAUCUUUCAGUGGGUGUGUUUUUAAAAAAUGGAUUAUGAAUUUUAUGCGGGGAAAAAUCGAAGCAAAACAAAAAAUGAUGGGAAUGAAUUGAGUAAUCAAACUUUUGUUUGGUAUGUUGACGGCUACGAAGACGACAAUGACCACAAUGAAUUGCGUCACAUUUUUAUUGUAUGGAAGUGAAACAUAAAACGUAAACAUAAAUAAUCAGUGGCUACGUGAAACCACAAGAAAAGGUACAGGAUACACAGUCAUUGCAAACUGCAAUGAAUCUCUUCAUUUAUUCCAAUUCAAAUGCGGAUUCGAGUAAUGCGUACGAACAAAAGAGAGACGUUUUUGACAUUUAAGUAGUUUUUCAUCUCAGCUGUCAUCCAUACAAAUGGUUUCUGCAACUAUCGUUACAUCACAUUUACUCUUUUUUUUCCAUCAAUUUUCAACACCACUUACUAGAGAAAACCAACAACAAAAAUGCACUAGCUCAAAAACAAUAUAGAUUUUAUAUUUAUUACCAAAAAAGACAAGAACAACAGACAAAAAUAUUAACCGCAACAUGAAUGUAGGCAAAUGGCAGUCACCGCAGAACUAGACGAAGCAAAACAUAGGAUUCCAUUACAUGAAUUAAUGCUAGUAAUAUUCAAUCGAAUGUUCUACUUUUCUUUCGAAUGAUUGUGAGCAAAGGAUUCGAUUUUUAAUUUUAAUAGAUUCACAGUGUGAAAACAAGAGAGGUAAAGAAAAAUCAGCGAUGCGACAAGGAGAUAUUCAUUGACAAUAUACUUUUUAAAUUGAUGCUGUUGCGAAGAGCAAAGAAACAGAAAAAAUGUGCGAGCAUUUUUUUUCUCCAGUUUUCAAUCACUUCAUGUACGCUACAGAUCCUAGCCUAGUGACUAGGAGAUGUACAUCACAAUCUGCUCACACACUUUUCAUUUUGCCUUAGUGUUUUUGAGCGCGCAGCAAAACAAUCGAAAAACUUCUUCACACACACACACACACUUUCAUCACUUUUGCUAUUUCUGUUCAACACACAUCACCAUUUAGCGAACUUAGCAAAACAAAAAACAAAUGAAGAGAAAUUCCUUAUAGGCACACAUUCAUUUUCACAUCAUUUUCAUUUGGUUUGCAAUAAAUAAAAUAAAAACAAAUUAGACGAAAUAAAUUAUUGCAUUUCCUUAACGCAUACACAUGAGAACGAAUAAAUGCAUUUGACGUAUGGAAAGUUUAAGAGAAAUAAAAAAAAUGAAAAAAAAAAUAAAUCGAGAAAUAGACAAUUUUUUUGAGCGUAAAAUGAGAAACAAGCGAAGAUUUAAAAAAAAAAACUAUAUAAUAAUAUAAAAUAUUGGACCGUAAUAACCGAUAACGUAUUAAUUAUUAAAAUGAAUAUUAUAUAUAAACAAACAACAAGAACAACAACAACAACAAAAGACAGACGCUCACAUAUGCGCGCAGAGACAGAAAGAUGAUAGAGUAUAUAACGAUAAUUAUUAUUAAAUGAAAAACCAAAUAUUAUGAGUUUUUGAAUGUAUUGCACGAAAUUGUUGUAUGUACUCUUAUUGAGCUUUCAUUAAACAGAACCUAAACUACAUCAAUUACAAAUUUAAAA